GAAGACAACGGAGUGCUGCGUUUUAAUAUGGUUUUAAACGUAUUGUACUUGUAGGUUUAAUGUAAUAAUAGUAUAUUAGGUACGUGGAUGUAUUUACUGUUCUCUACAAUAUCCCUAGUGUUGAAAUAAACGUCUGCCUAAUAUACAUAGAGUAAGAUAUAUACUAGUACAACGUGAUACAGUUGAUUUUAUAUACUAGUACAACGUGAUACAGUUGAUUUUAUAUACUAGUACAACGUGAUACAGUUGAUUUUAUAUACUAGUACAACGUGAUACAGUUGAUUUUAUAUACUAGUACAACGUGAUACAGUUGAUUUUAUAUACUAGUACAACGUGAUACAGUUGAUUUUAUAUACUAGUACAACGUGAUACAGUUGAUUGCUUGCAGUUAGGUCAGCUCGCGUUAUGUAUCGGCGUCCAGUCCGACAGUUUUCGACCUUGCUACAGAGAGAUAUCCCGGUACUUUGUUCCUCUUCAUUGGGGGCAGGGUCACCUGUGAGAAGAGCGGUCGGGUUAAAGCUUUCUGCCCCACCGGCUGCUGUGUUCUGCCAUACAGUUUGUAUGGAAAGUUUAACCACCAGCGAAGCAGCGACUGCAGUCACGGCUACCAACCGAAAACCUCCUUUGCCUGUGCCGAUGUGCUCAAGAACAGUGUGUUCCAUGGGCAGCAGCACCAGCAGGCUGUACAGCGCCCUGGCCCACACGUUAAACAGCAGUCCUGCUCCCCAGCAUGAGGAGUACAGCGAGCAGCCUGUCCAUGUGGUGCCCAUCAACCCAGAGGACCUCCUCAAGGAGUGCGAGACAGUCCUGCACAACCGGCCGGCCAGAGUGCAGCGAGCCUUUGCCUUCCCUAGAAACAACAUGCCCAGCACCCACCACCAGCCAAUCAGAGUCAUGCAAUGGAACAUCCUCGCACAAGCUCUUGGGGAAGGAAAGGACAAUUUUGUUCAGUGUCCACUGGAUGCUUUGAAUUGGGCAGAGCGCAAGUACCUCAUCCUUGAGGAGAUUCUCAUGCACAGGCCAGAUAUCUUGUGCCUGCAGGAGGUAGAUCACUACUUUGAUACCUUCCAGCCUAUCCUGAACAGCAUGGGCUACCACUCCAGCUUCUUACCCAAGCCCUGGUCGCCCUGCCUGGAUGUGGAGCACAACAACGGACCAGAUGGCUGUGCUUUGUUCUUUAACCAGGACAGGUUUGAGCUGGUGGACAGCACUAACAUACGUCUGGUAGCCAUGAUGCUGAAGACCAACCAGGUGGCUAUAGCUCAGACCCUGAGGUGCAAGGAGACAGGGAGGAUGUUUUGUGUUGCCGUCACUCACCUCAAAGCUUGCAGUGGCUGGGAGAGGUUCCGCUCUUCCCAGGGCUCUGACCUCCUUAAGAAUCUGAAGUCCAUCACAGAGGGGACUGGCAUCCCCUUGCUGAUUUGUGGGGACUUCAAUGCAGAGCCCACUGAGGAGGUCUAUAGAUACUUUGCAACCUCCAGCCUCAACCUGAACAGCGCCUACAAGCUGCUCAGCGAGGACGGCCAGUGUGAGCCCCCCUACACCACAUGGAAGAUCCGCCCGUCUGGGGAAAGCUGCCACACUCUGGAUUACAUCUGGUACUCCCAGCAUGCCUUCAGCGUGGACUCCGUUCUGGACUUACCCACAGAGGAGCAGAUCGGACCCAAUAGGCUGCCAUCCUAUAACUAUCCUUCAGACCACCUAUCGCUAGUCUGUGACUUUAGUUUUAAUGAUGACUUUUAUAACAGACUUUUAUAGGCUUAAGACUUCACAGCACCUUGUAUGCACUUUUUAUAAAAUGUGUGUGUCAUUCUAUAUAUAUAUAUAAGAUA